AUGUCGAAGAGCAGAUCUGAUGUGGAGACUGAUCUGUCCAAGGUCAAUAUGGAUCGUAAGGGCAAAUCAAAGAGGGAACGAUCUAGAGAUGUUAUAGCCAUGAUGGAGAAGCGGCUUUCUAAGAUGGAGAUUGCCGUGGUCGAGUUUGAUCAGCGACUCGAUGAGGACGUCCUUACGAAGAGUGGUUUUGAAGCUGUGGUGGAUGAGCUUCAAGGCCAAUUCCAAGGAGCCCUCAACUCUGCGCUAGUCAACAUGCGGCUAGAUGUCCAAACCAAGCUGGAUCACUUCUUAGCGGAGCUUACUUCACUUCGUGAGGAGGUGAAGGAUGUGAAGGGAGAUUGGGCUUUGUGCAAGGAAGCUAUCUUGAACAAGACCCGAACUCCGGAGGAACCCAAGGUGUUAGAUUCUUUCAAGUCCAAAUCCUAUAAUGGGAAGAGGGAGGCAAAUGAGCUAGACACAUUUUUGUGGAAUAUCGAAAAGUAUUUCAAGUAUCUGAAGCUCGAGGAUGAUGAGCCCAAGAUCAACACGGCAACGUUGUUUCUCACCGACAAUGCUCUCAUGUGGUGGCGUCGUCGAUCCAUGGGGAUCGAACAAGGUACGUUUACACUUGAGACUUGGGAUGAAUUUAAGAAUGAUAUUAUGUUGCAUUUAUAUCCAGAGAAUGCCAAGUAUGAGGCAAAGGAGAAGCUGAGAUGGCUGAAGCAAACUGGGAACGUGAAGGACUAUGUCGCCAUGUUCACCAACCUAUUGUUCGAGGUGCCUAGCAUGACGGAUGAAGACAAGCUCAUGUACUUCAUGAGUGGCCUACAGAAUUGGGCCAAGCUGGAGUUACAAAGGAGACAUAUCCAAACCUUGUCAGAGGCAAUUGCUGCAGCUGAGUCUCUUGUUGAGUUCAAGAAGAAGGAUCAAGGCGACUCCAAGUUCAAAGGAAAGAAAGAUAGCAGUGGAUCCGGUAGGGGAGACAGCAAGCCAAAAGAGGGUAGCAAGUCAGGAGACAAGUCUGACGGUCACAAGUCAUCCGGGAGGAAGAAUGACAAAGGUGACAAGGGGAAAGACAAGUCAAAGCUAGCUUGCUACUUGUGCAAUGGAGCGCACAUGAAGCGGGACUGUCCGCAGAAGAAAGCCUUGAAUGCUAUGAACCAAGAGAAGGAAGAAGAGGCCGACAUGGAAGCAAGAAUGGGGGACAUUCACCGCUUCAAUGCCGUACAGGCCAAAGUAGCUCAACCACAAGUUCAAGCUAAAAGAGUGAUGUUCGUCGACGCUAUGGUGAAUGGCAAGAUAACUCGUUGCCUGGUGGAUACAGCAAAGAGACUUGGAUGUCGAGUCUCGAAGGAAACAGGCAAUAUGAAAACGGUGAAUUCAACUGCCAAACCAAUUGAUGGGGUAGCUCGUGGUGUGGAGCUACACAUUGCUGCUUGGAAGGGAGUAGCUAACUUCUUCGUGAUCCUAAUGGAUGACUACGAUGUCGUGCUAGGAAUGGAGUUCAUGGACGAGGAUGGAGCAAUGUCAUGCAUGGUGCCAGUGGUGAGGCAACAAGGCGAGUCGAAGCUCUUGUCAUCCAUGCAACUUUUCAAGUCUCGGAAAAAGGGCAAACCAACGUUCCUUGCGACUAUGAAGAUGGACACAGUUGAGAAGGAAGUCAAACCAGUCCCGAAAGCAGGGGAGGCAAUCCUUAAGGCGUUUGCAGAGGUCAUGCCCAAGGAGUGGCCCAAUACCUUACCCCUAGGAGGAAGGUGGAUCAUGCCUUCGAUGAGUUGA